AGACGUCUUCCUGGAGAAACAUUACCAAACACCUCUACCCAAAACCGUACUAGACCCCUUCAUAGAGCAACUGCGAGAGGCGCCCUUUCCGGAAGAUGUACCACCAAUCAUGUCGCAUGACGAUAACUUUCUUCUGAGUAUAUAUAGAGACCGAGUCUUUGUACUGGUUGUCUGUAGACAAGAUGUGCCGCCGCUUUCGAUCUUCGAGUUUCUGCACCGAGUCGUUGACAUCCUCACGGAUUACUUCAAACACUUCACGGCCGAAAUUGUGCGCCAAAACGCUGUCGUCGUUUACGAG